AGCUUCAAGGUGAGCACCCAGCUCCUCACACACCUGCACAUCCACACUGGGGAACGACCCUACACAUGUAGGGAAUGUGGGAAGAGCUUCGGGGACAACUCCAACCUGAUCAAACACCAACGCAUGCACACUGGGGAACAGCCCUACAAGUGCUUGGAAUGUGGGAAGAGCUUCAGCCGGAGCUACCACCUCCUCAGCCACCAGCACAUCCACUCUGGGGAACGACCCUACACGUGUAGAGAAUGUGGGAAGAGCUUCAGGCAGAGCUCCACCCUGAUCCAACACCAGCGCAUCCACACUGGGGAACGGCCUUACAUGUGUAAGGAAUGUGGGAAGAGCUUCAUGGACAGCUCCAACCUCCGCCACCACCAGCUCAUCCACACAGGGGAACAGCCCUACAAGUGCUUGGAAUGUGGGAAGGGCUUCAACCGGAACUCCACUCUCGUCACCCACCGGCGCCUUCACACCGGGGAGAGGCCCUACAGGUGUGGGGAGUGUGGGAAGAGCUUUAACUGGAGUUCCAACUUGACCAGACACAAACGGACCCACAAGUAAGGGAAGCCCUACAAAUGCCCCCACUAUGGGAAGAGCUUUGGCUGCUACUCCAACCCCGAAUGACCCCCCUGAUGGUGAGGCAACCCCUGGAGUCCAGUGACUGUCAGUCCAUCCCUUUCUACCAGAAAGGGCCAGUCCCCUUUGCCAG